UAGUAAACAUGGCGGACGGGAAGAAGAAGAAGAAUGUUGAAAAGGAAGUUGACUUUAUUUGACCGUUUCUUUCGUUUUCGCACUACUCAUGACUUUGCGGUGAAUUAAUUGAGGCAAAGAUGGCGGAGGGGGUUUCAGCAAGCAUGUCGAUAGUACUAAGAAUGGUUGGGGACGCAAUAGGACUUGAUUCGCAAAAUCGGAGUAAGGAGGCAUACUGCCAGUACCUCAGCUGUUGUAUUUACAUUUCUCAGAUCCUUAAAGACAAUGCCUGGGACAAAGACCUGCGGACUGUCUACAAUAAAGAUGUAGCCAAGCUUUUUAAGCUGAUUCAACAAUGUCAAGAAAGAGCCCUCAACAUAAUUUCUUCAGAGAGUCCAAGUCCUCUAAACAGCCCACCAGGAUCACCAUGGUUUCCUAAUACCCAGUUAUAUCAGACCUUGACUCCUCCAACUGGCAAUGUGCAUAAGCAUUCACAUUCAUUACCACCAAGACCAGGUAUUGGUUAUACAAGAACCCCAUCUGACCCUUCUAAUCCUGGCUUAUCUACAACACCUCCUCAGUAUCGGGGUAAACCACUAAAGCUUCCUUCACCACCAUCCUCUCCACGUGUGAGUUCAGUACAAAGCCUGAGUAAUUUAUCAAGGCCGCCAACUGACAGGAGGAUCACAGGUCUUAACUUAAGGUUCUCAAGGGAUGCUGUUGAUAAGAAUCUAAGCACCAUGAGAAAGAUGUCAGAAAAUAUGUUAGUAGCAAAAGCAAGAGAGGAGGCUAUACGAAAGAAAGUUUGGGAAAGACAACAGAGACUUCAGAUUGAAGCAAACAGGAGAUUUGCUUCAAAUGUGGCAGUUUCUAAAGAACAACAAGAACAAAGACUGUUAUAUACAAAGAUCUUAGAGUAUGAGCAAGAUGUGGUGUGGCCUCAACAGUUGAGAGAACAGCUAAAACAUUCACCUGAAGACACUGCCCUAAUAAACAACAUAAUAAACAAAAUAUUUAGUUCAAAGGACCAUCCCCUGAAGCAAUUUCUUCUUCAAUAUCAAUAUCAAAUAUACAUGAAGCUGUUGCCCCUCCUCAAAGAUGUUGAGUUUCCUAAUGAAAAACAAGUUAAGGACACAAAUAAUGGACUGGACAGCUCUCAGACUUUAUCCAAGUCAGGGAGUGAGCAAGUUGAUAGUGGAAGCACUAAGCAUUGUGCAAGUAAUGAUUUAGAAGAUAGAAAUAUAAGCAUCCCAGAAUCAAAUGAUGGGAUAAAUUCCAAAGAUCCUGUUGACCAAGAAGACUUUGAAUCAGAUGGUUCUAAUGCAGAAUUCUCUAAGGCUGAAGAUAACAAUAUGGAAAACAACAAAAAAAUAAUUGACACUGAUCCAUCAAGUGCAACUUCCAACACUAAUGCAGAGAACAUUAUUUCAAAUAACUGUACCAAUGAUAGAGAAAUUGUGGAAAGUAAUAAGGAUCAAGAGUUGGAUAAAACGAUGCAGAAUGAUUUGUCAAAUAUGGAUAGCGAUAUAAAUGAACUUAGGAGUUCCAACUCUGAUGAAAGUCAAAAGAAAGUAGAUCUUAAAGAUGAUAUUGGAGAGAGCAGAGACUGUGUCAACUCAGCUAAUCCAUGCACUGAAAAUAAAUAUCUAGAAGGCAUAGUUUCAAGCGACGAAAGCAUCACUUCAAUUAUAAGUUGCAUUUUAGAAAAUAUAAUAACUCAAAUUGUAGAGGAUGAAUUUACUGGGACUUCUGAGAAUCAGAGCAAGUAUUACACUGAACGCAAUACAAAACACUUGGAACUUAAACCAGUAGAUGAUAAUGAUUCUGGAGUCGAUGGCAUCAGUAAGGAUUCAUUUGUUGACUCAACAAAUAAAAGUUGUGUGGCCAAAAAGACUGAUUUGAUGAAAAUGGAGUCUUUUGAUUUGGAAUCAGAGUUCCUUAGCCUUGAAGAUGAAAUGUUUGAAUCAGAAAGCAGCGAUGAAGAGCAUGAAGAAGAUGAUGAAAAACCUGACACCACAGAGUGUUCUGGAGACAGUUUGAAUCAAAAUAGUACUAGUACUAGGAUUCCAAACACUGAGCCUGAGGCCUCAAGGUUUGGAUUGCCAAGCAAUACAGAAGAAAAUAAUGAAGGACAAGCUGUGCCAGAGUGGGAGGAAGAAAAGGAGGAGAAACCAGAGCUCAAGGAUGUUUCAGAAAACCCAUCGAAUAAUGGUGGAGAAAAUGUAGGGGGCAGUGAUGACAGUAAGGACACCUCAUCUGCAGUGGAUCUAGAAGAUACUAGAAGACAGUUGAAUGAAAUAUUUGUGGACAUGCGUUUCUUUCUUGAAAAAUUAAAAGGUUUCAUCAUCUUGGCCUAUGAAGAACUUGCCACACCCACAGGUCAUGAUCAGUGCUAUGCAGCAGUGGAGUAUCCUUUCUUCCAGCCACUGUGGCCUUUGUUACUUGGAGUAUUAAGGAGGGUUAAUUUUGACAAGGAGAUGUCUCUUGGUUCUGUUAUGACAAAGAGAAUCCAGAGCCCCCCUGCAGACAUGGGCGUAAUUGAUCGCCUUUGCCUCUCAGAUAAGGAAUGUCUUGAGGCUAGUGGUAACACAUACCCUUACCAACUAGCUGUAGAACAGCUUCACAAGGUUUCCAGUUGUUGUUGUCCACUAGAAAAGGUCGAAUGCAUUGUUCGAGCAUCACGUGGUAUAUGUCAGUGUGUGGAGGACUACUGGGAAUGUAAAGGAAAACCAAAACACUGUCCUGAAACAUCUAUUGGGUGUGACGAUCUACUGCCGAUAUUUAGCUAUGUCAUUGUAAGGAGUGGCAUGGCGCAGCUUAUCUCUGAGUGUAUUGCCAUGGAAGAAUUCAUCCCUGAGGGUUACUUGAUGGGAGAAGAAGGAUAUUGCUUGACGACCCUCCAGACUGCGCUGGCGUACUUGGUCACUUUGGACUGCCCUUAAAUAACAAAAAGAUCAUCGAUACUGGGUACAUUGGACUAAUCGCCAAGAGGGAUUUUGUAUGAAGUUAUCAACCCCUUGUUUAGUCAAAUAUUAAAAUUCUAAUGAAAUUAUAAAUUAGUUAUAAAUUAAUAAAUUGUAAAUCCACAAA